AUCAGAGACAAGGAGGGAAAGAACGCCACACGCGCAGAGUGACUACUGUUAGAACAAUGGAGGAGUCGGAGUUUGAAGACAUUUUAGAUGACUGGUUCAUCGAGUCCCUGAAAACGUACAAAGAUCUUCACGUGUAUCAGCUGGAACAUCCCACACAAGUCAUCGAGUGGACGUCAGGGAAGACCGUCUGUGUUGCCGGAUGUCGUCCGUCUAAAAAUGAAAUCUUGGAGCUUCGUUUGCCUCUGAAACUCUUUGCUGAUGAGAAUAAGGGUCUCUGCGCAGAGCGGGACUUUAAAGUUGUCCAUGGUGGUUUCACAGAUGUACCCGUUCACUGCCUGCGACACAUCCCGGGAACAAGGUGUCUCGUGACCAGUGACGGUGUGAGCGCUCACCUGCAGGUGUGGGACCUCGGAGGAGACGACAGCGACGUGAUCCGGAGGACGGGGAGCGUCAGUCGGAGGAGGAGGAGCCACACAGAGGGAGGGACCAGGAUCGCAGCUCCUCCCACAUCACUGCCACAAAUCCUUCACGGAGCCCAAAGCUGCGACGUCCGGCUGAGUCAGCUGACCUCGGGACAGACGCUGUACGACCUGGAGUGUGACUCAGCAGAUCCUCUGAGUUCAUUACUGUUCCUCAGUGGUGACGUUUUCCUCGCCGGCUGCAGUAACGGAAACAUUUACUUUGCCGACACUCGGACGUCUGCUGCCCCUCAGCUUUCACCUCCACCCGCGUCUUUGGGUGAAUCUGCCCUCUGGUGGACGGCGGACGCCUCUGCAGGUCCAGACCCGUACAGCAGCAGGGUCGUCAGACUUUCCUCGUCCGCAGAAGUGGUGGUGACGGACAUGAGGAACCCGGGAGUCGCCGUGGGUCGAGCUCAGCUGGACGUGGCGACGCGUGGCUGCAGCCUGGACGAUGUCACGCUGUCCUGGUCUCCAGUGCUGAAGGACUGUCUGGCAGUAUCAGGUUUCAGUGGAAAUGUUCUCGUCUUUAACUCUUCGCUCUGGGGGGCGGAGCUUCAGGAAGCCCGGCCGCUGUUCGAGCAUCGCGGUCACACGGUCUCGUCGUCCGCGCGGUCCGACGCCCUCGUCACCUCCCACGUCUGGCAUCCUGACCGUGCGAGGACGCUGCUCUCUGCCGCCUCGGACGGAUCCGUGCACGUGUGGGACUGGGUCGACCACUCUGACGGAGCAACGUGAAGCUCCGCCUCCUCCAAUGACACAUGGGACAUUAUUUAAACCACAACAAACAAACAAUUCUGAUGCUAAUCUCAGAAUUCUGAGAAAAAUUCUGUAAGUUUCUGAAAUGUUUCCACUGCUGCUGUUGUGAUUUAUCAUUUACACAAGUUUGUAUGAAUAAUUCAAUACUUUUUCCAGAA